AUGGCCAGGCUUGGGGCUAGAUGCUUGUCUGCAGUCGGUGCUUAUGAUAACACAUUGGACAUAGUGGAGACAUUAGAUACUGCCCAGGCCAAAUUUGAUGAUGUUCUGAACUCUCCUUCAGUUGAUGUGGCAUGUGAUAAGAUUAAAAGCCUUGCAAAGGCAAAGGAACUUGACUCUUCUUUGAUCCUAUUAAUAAACAGUGCUUGGGCUUCAGCAAAAGAGUCAACAACCAUGAAGAAUCAGGUGAAAGACAUAAUGUAUCGGCUAUACAAAGCCACACAGAGUAGUCUGAGGAGUAUUGCACCAAAAGAAAUAAAGCUACUCAAGUAUUUGCUGAACAUCACUGAUCCUGAAGAGCGAUUCUCAGCAUUGGCAACAGCUUUCUCCCCAGGUGACGAGCAUGAUGCCAAGGACCCCAGUGCCAUAUACACGACUCCCAAGGAGCUACACAAGUGGAUUAAGGUCACGCUUGAUGCAUACCAUCUUAACAAAGAAGAGACGGAGAUCAGGGAGGCAAGGCAGAUGACCCAACCAGUGGUUAUUCAGAGGCUUUUCAUCCUGAAGGAAACAAUUGAAGAGGAAUACUUGGAACAAGGUGUUAAAGCAGAGAAAGACGCCAAAUCAGAGGAGUUGUGA